AAUUAUUAUUCAAAUUAAUUCAAUUGUCUAAUUAAUAAUAACUACUAUUAAUAUAUACUAGCGAUUGGCGCCUCAAUAAUAAUACAUAUAAUUAACUGUUUGACUGAUAAUAUCUGAAUCUAUUAUAUUAUUAAUUGUCUUCAUCAUCAUCGAUGGUAUAGUGUGAUCACCCAUUGGAUCAGUUAGUAGUGAUGGCAUCGAUGUCUUUCUUGGAGUUUUUCCAUAAAGGAGGCAAAAGCAAAAAAGUACGCAAAUAUCAUAAUACAUUUAGGCCUAAAAAAAAGUUUGAGCCGGGCACAUUGAGGUACAGCCUACACAAACAAGCUAUUGCUAGUCUAAAUUCGGGAAUCAACCUCAAAGAUGUCGUCAAAUUGCCCCCAGGUGAAGAUCUAUGCGAUUGGAUAGCCGUACAUGUGAUAGACUUUUUCAAUAGGAUUAACCUAAUCUACGGUACUGUUUGCGAUCAUUGUACCGAAGAGUCGUGUCCGCGGAUGUCCGGCGGACAUAAAUACGAAUAUCUAUGGGCUGAUGGUCUGAAAUACAAGAAACCCGUACCGCUGCCGGCCACCCGAUACAUAACCUUACUGAUGGAAUGGAUAGAAAUCCAGAUCAACGAUGAAUCCAUAUUCCCGACCCGUAAUGAUGUGCCAUUUCCUAAGCAAUUUCUGCCGACUUGCAAGAAAAUCUUGGCCCGACUGUUCCGUGUGUUCGUACACGUCUACAUACAUCACUUUGAUCGCCUACUGCAGAUCGGUGCCGAAGCCCAUUGCAAUACCUGUUACAAACAUUUCUACUAUUUUGUCAAUCAGUUUUCGCUGGUCAGCCAUAAAGAGUUUGAACCACUCGCUGAAUUAACGCGAAGGAUAUGCGACACAACUAAGCCAUCAACAAAUGAUUUGCCGUUCAAAUGAUAGCACAAAUAAUAAUAAUAAUAAUAAUAACAAACAAUUAAUUUUUUAUAAAAAAAAAUAAUUGUCAAUAAAAAAACACACAAACAAUAUGAUAGACAGACACAUACACACACAGUGAAUAUUUUUAUAAUAAUAAUAAUAAUUAUACUA